AUGCCCAGCAAGCGUGUUCCCACCAUCGCCGCCAUGACCAUCUGCUGUCCACCUCCCUGCCAGAAAAGGCCACGUCCUGUCAAAGCAGCACCUCUCAAGUUUAAUUUUGUUGGAAAGCUGCUGGGGCCUCGGGGAAAUUCCAUGAAAAGGCUACAAGAGGAAACAGGAGUGAAGAUGUCCAUCCUCGGAAAAGGGUCCAUGAGGGAUAAAGACAAGGAAGAAGAAUUGAGGAAAAGCGGAGAGGCCAAAUAUGCACAUCUGAGUCACGAUCUUCAUGUGUUAAUUGAGGUCUUUGCUCCACCGGGUGAGGCCUAUUCCCGUAUGAGUCACGCCUUAGAGGAGAUAAAGAAAUUCCUUGUUCCAGACUACAACGAUGAGAUCAGACAGGAGCAACUACGUGAGCUCUCUCUAUUGAAUGGCUCUGACGAGUCCAAAACGGGCAGGAAUGCACAAGCAAGGAGCUCUCGAGCAGCAACUACGGUAUCCAGCAGGGCCCGCAGGAGCGCGGGAAGAAGCGCGCGAACACCUCGGGGGACGGCGACUGCCACACACAGCAAGCUCACAGCGUCUGUUUUAAAGAGGGAGGCCCAAGCCCCCAGAGCCAGGGCGGCGGCGGCAAGUGGAGGUUACCGACCCUCGCUGUUAGCAGGCACUCAUGAAUCAUACGACGACUACGGCUACGACGACGGAUACGGAGGAGAAUACGACGACGAGAGCUACGACGCCUAUGACGACAACUACAGCAAUCAGUCAAAGAGCAUCUCAGAUUACUACGAAUACGGACAAGCAACAAACGACGAUUCCUACGAUAACUAUGAGGAGGAGUGGCCCACUUCACGUCCCAGUCUUAAAGCUCCGCUCCUACAGCUGACAAGAGGGGGAUACAGAAAACAUCCCUAUGGUAGAUACUGAAGGUGCUCCAUACAUAUGGCUUGUCUAAUUAUUCAUGAUAUUUAUUUAGAUUUAUUUCAAAAAAUGUUUGCCCAAAACCCGUUAAAGCAGCUGUUUUCAAAGUGUGAAAUGAGCACCUCAAAAACUAUACUAAUUAGAAUGCAUUAAAAAAACAUGUGUUCUUGUCUUACAUAAGGAUUACAAAUGACAGGCAAAAUCCCCCCUAAAAAGUGCAGUUCCCCUUUUUACAUGUGGGUUGGCGUGUAUCCUCUCAUCGAUUUCUUCUACGCUUCUGAGGCUGGAAUAAGUCCAGCGCUCCCUCAAGGUGGAACAUGUUAGUGCAAUUGAAGUUUGGAUGCGGCACACAAAAUAAAAUGAUAAAAUAAUCUCUCAAAGCCAUCAAAUAUAUUCUGAUCUAAAUUGAGACACCUGGAAAAAAAAUCAUAGAGAUGAGGAUGAAAGGACCAUAAUGCCUCUGAAUUUACUCUCUAAAAUCAAAAUUCACAUCCUUGUCUCGAUUGCAACUAAGUGUGAGGUCAUUUUUGAACUGUGUCUAUUUAAUUAACAAUACAUAUGCAAAAUCUAUCAAUUCAUUUGAUUUAUUUUUUUGACAGUUAAUAUUAAACUGUCAGCCGUCAUGCUCCCCCUAGCUGUCUAAGGUUAUCAUGAUGCGUCACAACUCCACACACAUUUGUACUAAACAAAAGUCUUAACAUCACCAAAAAUAUCAGGGUGGUUAUAAUAAAUGAAACAAAGUUUCACACAUGGAGUUACAUCCAUCCAGGUGCAUACACACACUACUUUACCAUGACAAAACUUAGACACUUGAAAAGCACUCACAACACAUUUGUUUUUCUUUUCCAAUACAUUCUAACUCGUAAAUAAACACUAGAAAGUGUCAGCCAACAAUGGACGUAAUGGAUAUUGAUCUAGUCCUUCUAUAAAGCCUUUUAAAAAUAUCCAAAACCUUCAUAAACAUUUCUGGUCAACACUUCCCACUUCCUGCUAAAUUCAAACUUGUGAAUGGAUACUCACUGUGGAAUGACAAGUGAGUAUCCAAUCACAGUCUCGUUAACAUCAGGCUACCUAGAUAGGCUACGGUCAACAACUUGUGAUCUGAUUGGCUAUCGUAACUAUCUCAACUCUGUGUUCUCAAAUUCAUCUGCCAACGGUCCCAAUGAGUAUCCAAUCACAGGACGCGUAAAUGUCAUGUUCAACCUUAGGCCAUCUAGAAGGUCUGACUGUCAACAACUCGUGAUCUCAUUGGCUAUCGCAACUGUCUAUCACCUGUAUGUCCCCGUUCUCUUACAGUGCACGGACGCCCGCAUUGUUGAUUUCUGAAGGCCUCUGGGAGAUUUCAUACAGCAUGGCAACAAAAGCUAGCUGAAUUCUGAUUGGAUACAAACUAAAACUAAGAACAACACCACUGGAAGGAGCAUAAUACGAUGUGAAGAGAAUAUGAAUCAUUUUAGAUAUUUAGGGAAAGUAAAUAAAAAAAUAAUUGUAUCUUAAAUUCUGAUCAUGAUUUCUGAUUAUGUUAGGCCUGCAAAGAAGGCCUUGCUGGCUAUCACUGGUAAAAAUUCUGUAAGUACAUAUGUAAUAUAGCCAUAGGCACAUUUAAAGUAACGUGUAAAAUGUACGUAUUUUGGUCAUUUUAAGCAUACAGCGACACAUUAAUUUCACAGACGCGUCACGUUCACUAUUUCCUUCAACAACAGUUAUAACUAAUUAUGGCAGAUUUCAUGAGAGACACAGCAACGAUUACUUUGGGACAAAUGAUGACACAGAACUUUAUCUUGUUGACCCAGAACAUCCAGAGAAGGAGUUAAAAGUUUUGGCCUUGUUCACACUGCAGGUCAAUUCAGACUUUUUUGCCCAUAUGCGACAUUUUUUUUUCCAUGUCCGCGUGUACUGCGCAACCCCCAAUUUUUCAUGUCCGACCCAGGCCGUUUUCAUACGUGGAAACAGAUUGGAUAUAUAUGCAAUGCGUCCUCGAUGUGAAUGCUCCCACACCAGGGGUCACCAACCUUUUUGAAACCAAGAGCUACUUCUUGGGUACUGAUUAAUGCGAAGGGCUACCAGUUUGAUACACACUUAAAUAAAUUGCCAGAAAUAGCUCAAUUUGCUCAAUUUACCUUUAACUAUAUUUUAUUAUUAAUAAUUAAUGAUAUUUAUCUUUGUGGAAACACUGAUCAUCUUAAUGAUUUCUCACAAUAAAUAUGUAUAGAAAAAGAUAAAUAUCAAUAUGGAACACUUUAUUUUUAUAUUUUCUCUAAGUGCACAUUUUUCAAAUUGAACAUUUUCAAAUGAUCACUUCGAAGACAGUCUUGUGAAAUCACAAUAUCCCAUUUUAACUAGCUAGCAACUAACAUUUUUUAACAAAUCAUAAAUUACUUUGCACCAUGUUUGUACAAAUAAUAACUCAUGUAAAAUACAAAAGUCAACUCUCAAAUGUUUAAAUAAAUCAUGUCACACUUUGAA